GUUAUUUUGUAGGAGUAGCUCCUAGUUUACCCUUAAAAAAAAGCUCAAAACCCUCGUCUUUGUGAAUCCGUCUUUGUCGCACUGCCGGUUUCGAUCAUGGCCGGCGACGGCGACCUUGCCGCCCGCCGCCUCCGCCAGCAAGUCGCCCUCGUCUCCGACCACGAUUUCGCCUUCCAACUCCAGCUCAACGAAGCCAUCCAAGCAUCCCUCCGCGUCCCUACUCCCAAUCGGCCCUCUUCCAGCGCCGCCGCCACCGCCUCCUGCUCCUGCCGCUCAUGUCAACCCGCCCCUGCGCUCUGGUCCUCCGGAGCCGCAUUUCCCCAACUCACGCGACAAGUGAGGAACCGCCGCGACGCCCAUGCCUUCCGCGCCGCCCACGCCCAGGCAAACACCUCUGCCCGCGUCGCCUCCCGCGGCGCCCUCUUGGCGCGCGAGCUCGCCGACACUCCAGAUCGCCGACGGGCCCAGGGAGGAGACCACUUCGAGCGGUCUCUGGAUCCAAGCCGCGGCCCUCUCUUCCGCGUCUUCUACAAGGGGUUGUCGAACAAGGAGGGCGCGGGGAGGUGGGGCGUCCCGGACCCCCGCGUCGCGGUGCUCGCGGUGGCCGUCUACGAUCCCCCGGGGAAGGUGGUGCGCGCCAUACAGAAGCCCGUGGAAAGUUUUGAGGGCGGGCGCAUGGAGCUCGAGGUGCUGGCGCUCAUGGAAGGCGUCCACGCUGCGCUCGAGCUGGGGAUCCGAUGCGUCAACAUUGUCUCCGACUUCAAGGCGCUGCACAAAUAUAUGCUUGGAACUUGGCGUCCCACAAAGAAUAAGAUUGAAGAUAUGGUAAAUGAGGCUCUUUCACUGAUGAGGAAAUUCGAGCACUGUGAACUCUCACUUAUUCCUCGAGGCCAAGUCGGUUAUGCAACAAAAUUAGCAACAGAUUUAGUAGGUACCAAGAAGAGAGAGACCUGCGGCAUCUGUUUGGAAGACACUGAUGUUUCUAAGAUCCACGCGGUUGAAGGUUGUGCACAUCGGUUUUGCUUCUCCUGCAUGAAAGAGCAUAUGAAAGUUAAGCUACGUGAUGGAUUGCUCCCAGCUUGCCCACAAGAUGGUUGCACUACCAAACUAACUGUGAAGGGUUCAAAGAUAUUCCUGUCGCCACAGCUAUUAGAGAUCAUGGUGCAACGUAUCAGGGAAGGACAAAUCCCUCCUACUGAGAGGAUCUAUUGCCCGUACUCCAAGUGCUCAGCCUUAUUGUCUCCGCGUGAAGCGAUAAGCUCAUGGGGCUUAAUGUACACUGCUGCUGGAGGUCUGACUUUGAGAAAGUGUAUCAAAUGCAAGGGUUUGUUCUGCAUUAGCUGUAAGGUCCCAUGGCAUGCUGGGAUGAGUUGCUGUGACUACAAGAGAAGGCACCCUCACGUUCGUUCAGAAGAUGCCAAGCUGCGGAACCUUGCGCAGCAGCGGUCGUGGCGCAAGUGUGUCAAAUGCAACCACAUGAUUGAACUCGCAGAGGGUUGCUACCACAUAACUUGCGUGUGCGGCUAUGAGUUCUGCUACACCUGUGGGAAAGAAUGGAAGGACAAGAAGGCGACCUGCUCCUGCCGGCUAUGGGAUGAGCGCAAUAUAAUCCAUGACCGAGGAGGACGGCGAUGAUCGCAUUGCUGACGAUUACGAGGACGAUAAUCCAAAACUUGUAUGCUAGAGAAAGCCUUGUGAGUUGUGACUUAUAUAUCCUGGAUUACGGCCGGUGUGAUGAAUGGUUCAUCGUUGACAUGACUAUUUCUAUCAUCGGAGUCAUUAGUGUAUCGUCCACAAUUUCGGAACCAACUUGUUUUGCCGUUGUAAGCUGCAUGCUCAGCUACAUGAGGUAGACAGGAUGUCCUACAUUA